GUGGAGACAGACAUCCUCGCCCUGUGUGUGGAGUACUGCCGCUCCCAGCGCUUCGUGUCUCCCGUGGUGAUGGACGUAGCAGCGCGUCACUUCACGCAGCACGGGCCCAGCUACGAGCCGCUCCAGCUGUACGCCGUGCUCAGAGCCUUCGGCCACCUCAACUUCCUGCCACCGCAGCCGGCCGCCUUUCUGAAGAGAGUAGAGAGCUGCUUGUCGGAUCGCUUCAGUGUGAUUGGUGCGGACCAGCUGUUGGAGAUCCUGGGCUCCUUCACCUUUGUCGGGGUCCUGCCUCACAACUUCUACCGGAGGAUCAGCAGCGACUACUUCUACAGUAAGGUCGGAGAUCUGAAGAACCCCAGCAAGAUGUCGGCUCUGAUGUGGCUCAAGGUCGUGAAGCACGCGAUGGCGCUGGCGUGGAGCCCGGAGGUGGAGCGACGGGUGGCGUGGGUCAUGGGGCGCCGCAGCAAGUGGAGCGUCUUCUGCUACAUGGACAAUCAGCGGAUCGCGAUCGAAACCCUCAAGUCUGCGCUGUCGGACAUUUUGGGGGAGAGGUGUCAUCAUGUGGUCCCGUUUUACGGAUGCUGUGCGUUCUACAUGGACGAGCGAGGUGCCCCGCUGCCAGUGUCAAGGUCAGAGAAUGGACGACCGGAGCCGCAGGGCAAGGUGGAGCAGAAGUUCGUGAUCGUGCUGCGUAGCGCGGACCACUACUCCAUCAACACGCGGCAACUGCUCGGGGCUCAGGCUCAGCGAAGGUCACAGCUGGAGCAGCUCGGCUUCACCGUGAUCGAGGUUCGAGCGGGAGAGUUCCGCUUCUAUGACGGCCCCGAUUUCUUGAAGGACAUCUUGUCGAAGCACGUUGACUUCUCGUUGGUGGAGCCCUCGGCCCAGACGUCGAGCUCGCUGUCGGCCACGAUCCGCAAGGACUUGCCUGGCUGGUCGGAGCAAAGUGACGAGGAUUUCAGCACGGAUGACGAGGCUUGUGACCCCGUGCUGACUUCUGGGAAGGGAGGUCGGCCAGACGAAGGCUCGUGGAAGGGUUUGGAUGAUGGUUCCAACACGAGGGAUGAUCCAGAUGAUUAGAGAUUGAAAUGUUUGAAUGUGAUUCUUUGAGUCUUUGAAAGUCAGUUGACCAUAGAUGGCUGAUAGGAAAGAAGGAGCCAACCCCACCAGAGCACCCACCAGCCACCCACCUACACCUUGUAGAUGAACCUUCUGUAUGCUUGCACUCACACACCGACCCACACACUCUGUGACAACACGUGUUGCCCCCGGGGACCCAUGGUGUGUCAGCUGCUCUCCCCUCUGUCCUUGAACGUGCCCCUCUCCCCUCUGUCCUUGAACGUGCCACUCUCCCCUCUGUCCUUGAACGUGCCACUCUCCCCUCUGUCCUUGAACGUGCCACUCUCCCCUCUGUCCUUGAACGUGCCCCUCUCCCCUCUGUCCUUGAACGUGCCACUCUCCCCUCUGUCCUUGAACGUGCCACUCUCCCCUCUGUCCUUGAACGUGCCACUCUCCCCUCUGUCCUUGAACGUGCUGGCGUGUCAGUGAAGGAGGAAGUUGUGGGGUUGUUGGAGAGUGCACACACGAUCACUUAUAUAUCCUUAGUUGGUGUCAAUAUGUGUAAGUUACAGACAAAUGUGGGGUUGUUGGAGAGUGCACACACGAUCACUUAUAUAAUAUAUCUAAUUUCUGUCUACUUGGAUGUAUAAUUGGGUUGGGUUGUUGUUUGUUUAUUAUUAUUAUAUUUUUUUAUUUUUUUUGGGGGGGGGGAUGUUGGAAGUUUACAAAGAAAAAAAAGUGAAGUAAAGAAGUCUUGUAUCAAAAUAAAUAAAUGUGAUAAUGCUCUAAUCUUCUUUUUCAAAAUAAUUUUUUGGCAUGUAGAUGUCUAAUGUUUUGUGUCAUUCCCAGCUGAAGAUUCAGAAAAAAAGAAAUUUUUCAUGUGUACUUUUGGGUGACAGAUGGAUAUAUAUUAUUUAUGAAUGACUUGCUGUAAUUGGUUGUCAUGGGGGUUUUGUCUGUUUGUUUGUUUGUUUGUUUGUUUGUUUGUUUGGGUUUUUUUUCCCUGUGUCCUGAUUUGGUGUCAGUAUAUGUAAGUUACAGACAAAUGUGGGGACAUGGUACAAAUUGUUAUGGUUUAAAAAAACCCAAGAAAAAUGAAAAUUGUUUAGAUGAGGAGGAUGAUGAUGGUGAAAUUUGUUGCUGAUUGCUAUAUAUAUAUAGAAAGAUUUAUAUAAAGCUGAUCCAAAUCAAAGUGAAAGCAUUGUGUGCAGUAUCAGGUGAUGGUGCUGUCUGUGUGUUUGUGACUGCCUUUUGUUGGAAUAAAUCGUGUACGGGUCGAUGAGUACGCCGGU